CAAUAUGAAGGAAGUCUCGGCACAGUAGCUCACACGUACUAGCUGGGUCCUCUUUACUACACACCAGCCUUUCUUUCAUUCACUCUGUUGUUUGGUAAUAUUGUAAUACGACCAUUAAUAACUAGCGUUUAAACUUAACUUAUUAGCAAAGUUGCAAUCAACCGUACCUGAAAGUGACAUUAAUUAACAAAUGUGAGGCAGACGAGGUGAAGUGUGAGUACAGAGGCUCGCUUUGUCUCAGUAGUGAUGCAGGCAGUCAUUUAUUUAAGUGACCUUGCCAGGGGUGUCUAGCGGUGUCAGUGGCACAGAAAGUGAUACAUGUGAACCAGCCAGGGGUGUUUAGCGGCGCCAGUGGCCCAGAAAGUGAUACAUGUGGACCAACCAGAGGUGUCUAGCGACGCCAGUGGCACAAAAAGCGAUACAUGUGAACCAGCCAGGGGUGUUCAGUGGCGUCGGUGGUGCUGGUACUGGUAUAGAUAAUCUAAGGGUGCUUAUUGCAAACGUUAGUGGUGCAGUAUGAUGAAGUUUUUCGAGAAGAAGAGUGCCCAUGACGGAGCGAGACAACGAGUAUACUGGUUGGGUAUCAUCAGUAUGGUGAUGGCGCUGGGGCAGGUGGUGAUGUACCUACUGAUGCUACACUUGGUCAUCACUCCGGAGCACCGCGACAAUCAGGUGUUGGGGAUGUGUGCUGGGAUGGCAGCUGUGACUGCCGUCUACAUCUUCCUUACUGGCAGACUUCUCUUCCUCCUCUAUGAGAAGCGGUUUGAGGAGACGACUGGUCCAGAGUGGCUGUGGUGGUUCGCUACCAUGGUGGUGGUACUGUUUAAUGGUGUACUGGUGGUGUGGUUCUCACUGAUGAACGAUGUGAUUCCAGCUACACUGUGCUCUCUAGCCUUCGUCGUCUACGUUCUCUUCUUCAAGUUCGCCAAAGAUGAUAUCAAGUGCCUCCGUCAGCACAGUUCCACUCACCUGCCCACUCAGCAGUAAAGUGAUGUGGCGAGGUGAAGCGGCCGCCUGGCGUCGCCCAUCACUUGUACCUGACCCUUAAUAACCCACCAUCAUAGAUAUAAAAAACACGACCGAAAAAUCUUUGAAGCUUCCUAUUUGUGUAAAAGCUCAAAUUUGUAGCUAACAAAUUCCCUAAAAGGCUCAGCUGUACUAAAUGUAAGGGAAGAGCCAGGUUUCUAUAUCUCAUGAAUGUAUAUGUUCUAUUUAAGUUCACUGUUGUGUUCUGCAUCAAACUUGUACGCGUAACAUGUAAGGUAUUAAUAGUGUAAAUAAACAAAUUAUUGUA